CGCCUGAAGUCUCACACUGACACAGAGCCCGCGGAGCAAGCAACAUGCGUUUCCUGGCAGCGUUGUGCACCCUCGUCAUCCUCAACACCUUCAUCUGCAUCACUCAGUCAGCGAGCUGCUGUGUGAGUUACAGCAAGCGUCCGUUGAAGUGCCACCGGCUGCUGGGUUACACCAUCCAGACCAUCAACACUUCCUGUGACAUCAGUGCCGUCAUCUUCCAUGUUAAUGGGAGGUUCGUGUGUGCCGACCCUUUAAAGAAAUGGACCCAGAGAGGGAUGAGCUGUGUGGAUGAAAUGAGGAAGAAGAAGGCUCAGAUCCUCAAAGACAGAACUCAUGGAUCAGCAUAAACUCAUUCAAACAGUCAAUGUCUAUUUUUAUAUAUUAUUCACAACAAGAACAUAAUUUACUCGUGGUUAAUAUAUUGUUGUUCUUAUUUUGAUCAUUUUAAAUUAUAUGAUUUUGUGUUCUGUUUUAUAAACAGGGAAGAGUAGUAGCUGUAGCUACAGUGCAUUAUGACGAAAACAAAACAAGGAAGGAAAUAUUGUUUAUGAAAACUACUGCAAUUUCUUUUUUGAAUGUUUGUUUUAUUUACCAAUUCUGACACUCCCAUAUUGUGGGUUUACGUUU